UGCAAAAACUAAAUACAAACGCUAAGCAACAGUAUUUUUGCUCAACAUUAAUAUAAACAAAUACUAAGCAUAAUAUACUAGAAACUCUAUGCAAAAUCGUAUCUAGCAGUGAUUAUUUGUUGCAUUUUUAAAUCGAAGGAAAACCCCGAAAAGAAAGGAAAAUAAGAACAACAAAAGGAAAGCAGAAAACCACAAGAGAGACGAGGAUUAAUAGAACGCAGCGAGCUUAAGCCAACAAAACAAAAAAGUAAAAAUAUAAACGUAGUACGAUUAGUAAAAGACACCACCAAUUUAAUUUUCAAAGGAAACUAGAAAAGUAAAAAUAAAAAUAAAUUAAACACAAAAGAGAAAACAAAAACCAGAUUAGCCAAAAUUCAAAUAGAUGUCCGUGUGCAUUAUAUUUUGAUCAUCUAUGAACAAUAUACUGUACAUAUAGCAAGUAUAUAUAUCAAAUAUAUAUAUAUAUAUUUACAACCUUAGCCAUAUAUCGCAGCUAAAAGACAAACAGUUCAAGAACAGCAAGAGCAAGACAAGAGCUAGUAACGACCGCCAAUCGGUCAGCACUUUGAAGAUAAUUAACAAUAUAAAAGACAGAGCCGAGAGCACAGAGCGCAUCAUAUAAACAAAAUAUAAUAAAUAUAAAGCAACAACAAAACAAAUAACAAUGGAGGACAAUAACACAAGCAGCAGUGCGGGCGGUGCGCCCAUCAAACUGGAGGAUCCAUCGGUGACACUCACAAUAAGGCUGAUUAUGCAAGGAAAGGAAGUUGGUAGUAUUAUUGGUAAAAAGGGUGAAAUUGUCAACAGAUUUCGCGAAGAGUCUGGUGCCAAAAUUAACAUUUCGGAUGGCUCAUGCCCGGAACGCAUUGUAACGGUAUCUGGCACAACAAAUGCAAUCUUCUCGGCAUUUACGCUAAUUACAAAGAAAUUUGAAGAGUGGUGCUCGCAGUUCAAUGAUGUUGGCAAAGUUGGUAAAACUCAAAUACCCAUUCGAUUGAUUGUGCCCGCCAGUCAAUGUGGAUCGUUAAUUGGCAAGAGCGGCUCAAAGAUUAAGGAAAUACGCCAAACCACAGGCUGCUCCAUACAGGUGGCCAGCGAAAUGUUGCCAAACUCCACGGAGCGUGCGGUUACCCUGAGUGGCAGUGCUGAGCAGAUAACUCAAUGCAUCUAUCAGAUAUGUCUUGUCAUGUUGGAGUCCCCGCCACGCGGUGCUACCAUACCGUAUCGACCAAAGCCGCAAGUAACUGGACCAGUUAUCUUGGCCAACGGACAGGCCUUUACCAUACAGGGCAAUUAUGCGGUGCCCACACAAGAGACAUGUCCAGUAUUUCCACUUGCUUUGGCUACCGGUGGUCUACAUGCUGGUAUUUCAGGCUUAGCGGAUCCUUUGUUAAAGGGGGCACAUUUACCAGGAGCGGUACCAGCACACCACCAUCACCUACAGCAAAUGCCCGAUGUUGCCAAGAAUCCGUUGGCCAGUUUGGCUGCCUUGGGCCUGGCCGGCAUGACGCCCGCCAGCACCGGUGGCAUAAAUCACACAGCUCUGGCUGCCUUGGCUGGCUCGCAGCUGCGCACGGCCAAUGCGAAUCGGGCACAGCAGCAGCAGCACGAGAUGACAGUCUCGAACGAUUUGAUUGGCUGCAUCAUUGGCAAGGGCGGCACCAAAAUUGCCGAAAUACGUCAGAUCUCCGGCGCAAUGAUACGCAUCUCCAACUGUGAGGAGCGCGAGGGCGGCAAUACCGAUCGCACCAUCACCAUAAGCGGUAAUCCGGAUUCUGUGGCAUUGGCCCAAUACUUAAUCAACAUGAGAAUAUCAAUGGAGACCGCUGGACUGCCCAUACCUGGUUAUCAUUAUAUUGCGCCCAGUGCAAUUGUUAAAACGCCCAUACACUAAGUGCAGCAACAACAACAACAACUACAACCAACAACAAAACAUCUAAAAGAAAAAUUUAAGAAAAAACAAAAAACAUUAAUAUAAUAUAAACACAAUAAUAAAAUGCAAAUAGAGAUCGAAUGGAGCCGCAGCAAACGUAGCCAACAUCGGAGUGCGGCAUAUUGGGAACGAAUGUCAAAUGUUAUUUUAUAAGCAAUAAGAAAAACAAAAACAAAAUAAAAACAUAAAGUAAAUCAUAUGACAGGGUCAAAUCACAAGAAUAAGCAUAAAAA